UAUUAAUUUAAAACAAAUGAUACAGGGCGAAAUGACAAAGCCAUCUAAAAACAUGGCCAAGAAGUUUUUAAUUUCACUUCAAAACUUCAGAAAAAUAACCUGACGACCAACAAAGCCAACUGAAAAAGUAAAGAAAUGAGAGGGAGACUUUUCUAAUUUAAUUCACCCUGAAAGCAGACUAUCUUUUGACAAAGAAAACAAGGAUUGAAUUGAAAAUAUUGAUUCAAAAGUUAAGAUUAGCCGAUCGAAUAGUUGUGUAUCCCAGCUAAGCCAGCAAUCAAGUUUGUCAAUGAUUGGAUGGGCUUAUUCAAGAUCAAAGAAUGGAGAGCAAGGCACAUUAUCCAAAAGAGAAGCUUACAAAAUGAGAUAUAAGAACGAUAGAGUCGAAAUAGAAUUAAAUGAAUUCAAGUAAAGAAAUCGAAUCAAAAUUUAAAAAUUCAAAAAUAAAGCAUUUUAAAUUUCAGCGAAAAAUUGAAGAUCCUAACCCCCAGUAUGGAAAGAUCAAACUUUCGAAUCUUGGAGUUUCGAAAACACAUGAUUUUAGCAAAAGCAAGAUAUAUAAAUUUAUCAAUAAGCCUGUUGCAUCCAAUGAUCAAAUAAAUGAUGAACUAGAUCACACCUCUUCUUUUGAUUCAGUCCCUCAGAAAAUUAGCAAAUAUGUAAAAUAAGAUAAAUAAAGUUCAAGAAAAUUCUUCAAAAUUAUCUAAAAUAAACUACUUUUGCCCAAAUAAAGCCUCUAUCGAAACUGCCUUAAAGGCUAACCCUUUGCAUACGAAUCUUGGCUAUGAAGAUAAAGAUGCAUACCGUGAUAGUAGACAAAAUUAUAAAUCAAUUAACGAUAAGAGGAAGUAUCAGAACAUUUAUGAUCCUCGUUAUGCAACUCAUAAUAGGAAAACCCACCAGAACACUAACUCUAGAAAGAUUAAGAAAUACAUAAUUGCUCAGAAUAAGAAAAACCUUAGCCAAGUAAUAAAAUCAAGUAGCUCUAUUCUAAGUCAGCUAGAAAAGAAUAAACCACCGGUGCUUUUAAAGUCAAACAAUCCAUUUAAUAAGCCUGUAGAUGACACUUUUAUUUCAGAGUCUUCUGCUUGAGUAGUCAGGAAAGUUAAUAAUCUCUGCAGCUCCAAAUCUAGGUCUAAAAACAAAAGGAUUGACCCAAACAGUACUUUCUCUGCUGAAGCAUAUCAAGAGAACGAUACUGUAUUUUCUGACAGAGAUUCAUCAUGAAGGUUCAAAUCUCGCUCAAAGUUGCCAAACUCCAAGAGCGGGAUGAGGAAUAUUCAUGAAAAAUUUAUGGGCAGGAAUUAUAAUUCUAACUCAAACACAUAAGCUCAAAAGG